AUGUCUCUAUAACAUUUAUAAACAAUAAAGGAAGAAAGGCAUUCCUAAGAAAACAUGGACCUAGCCCAAAAUCUUUUGGAUAAACCUAAAGAUGUAUAAUUGCAUUGAGUAAGUAGAGGGAACGUGAAGCUGACGAAAAUGAGCAAUUUCUUCCAGAUGAAUAGAAGGACGUGAGUGAUGAAGAAGUUCAAGAUUAAUAACAGAAAUAAGAAAAUUUCAAAAGCUUUGUUGUGGGCACUGGAAUGGGUGGAUUCUUAUUUGAAGAGACAUUCGGUUUUGAUGACAAGAAAUAGAAGAAUAAUAAUAAGUAAAUCAAGAGAUUGACUCUGAACACUCGAAUUACAUAGAUAGUAGGACUGAACAAGCUAGCAGAUGAUGAAGAGGAUGACCAUUAACUUUAUGAGAAAAUUCCCUAGUAUUUGGCUUGGGGUAUCAUUUUUUAUGCAUCUUUCAAUAACGCUAUGAUGCCUCCAUGGAUUAUGACAAUACCAGCUGAAAAGGUAACUAGUAAUAUCAAUCAAGUACUUACGUAUCGCUUGGAGAUUUUUAUUGCAAGGAAUAUUCCUAAUCCCUUUUAUCAUGUAUGAAUACCGAACAGGAAAUGAAAAAGUUAAGUCAGCUUAUACCUCAGAAUUUCUGCUGAGGUGGACACACAUGAGGAAAGUUUAUAUGGCAAGUUUGACAACAACGGUAACAUUUGCUGUAUUCCUGUUUUGUUUUGAUUAUACGAAUAUUUCAAGUGUCUUUGUAUUAGGGUCUCAGACUAAUUUUUGGUUGUCCGUCUUUAGAAAAAAAGAAAAUAACCACAACAUCGAAGGAGGAGGUAAAAUCAUGUGUGUAGUUGGGUAGAAUAAUAUGUUAUUAAUAGAUACCUACUUAUUUGCUUAGAUUCGUAUAUGUUAGAUACUGAUACCAUUCCUGAUUCAGCCAAAAAUUACAUUAAUCCUUUGUUGUACAAAAGACCAAUCUGGAUGAGAAUUAUUAUUGGAAAUACCAUACCAGUAAUAUUUCAUUCUUAUUCCUAGUUCUUAGCUUCUAUCAUCUUGGCCGAGUUAUCAAAGGCUAAUCAAGAUCUAAGAACUGUAUUUCCUCCUUUCCUCGCUAAUUUUUGUGUAGCAUUUUUUGUUUGCUUGAAUAUGUGUAUGGUUUCAUUUUUCAUGGAUGGCACAUCAAUUAAUUUUGAUUCCAGAUGGGGUUGGUUUGGAUUAUUUCAAAAUGGAAAAUUCAUGGGCUUUUUGUAAAAUGCUAUUUCUUAUUCUAUUAGCUACAUGUCUACCAUGUUAAGCAUUGGAGUUUUCAUCUCUUCUAUCUUAAUCAGUAAGCUAUUUGAACCUAUUGUACCUGCUACUGCUGCCUUAUUUGAACCUGUUAUCACAGCCAUCUUGUGUGAUAUUGCUACUGUUCAAUAUUACCCAUCUGCUAUUGCUUGUUUUGGCUAUGUAUUUCUAUUGCCUGGCUAAUUUAUUAUUAUCGUUGGAUAACACAUAUUGAAAAAGCAGCAAGAACAAGAACAAAAAUAAAAACUAGAAUAACAAUAACAAAUUCAUGCUUCUAGGGCUCAACAAUGA